AAAAGCUACUAUUGUCAAUGCCGAAUAGUUCUAGCAAGAGGUUAUUAUUGAAGUAGGGUUUCCAACAUCAUCAAGUUAUCGGAGAGAAGAUUUAAAAUAUGUCUUCAUAAAGACUUAGACGAAAUCUUACCUGGUGAGAAAAUAGCCUCGCUUUCGUAUCAUCGUUUAGUGAUGUUAGUCGAAGCUAGAGCACAUCUUAUCAUGCUCCUACUGCUAUAAAUAGGUUGAGGCUUUCAAAUACAAUGAAAUCAGUCAACCCUUUCGUUUAUUUCGUUCAUCCCCUGUUGAAAACAUGACUCUCGUUGAAGCAGAAAGCAGCGCCACCCUCGUGAGCAAAACGAGGCGGAUAGGAGAUGGAGAGGAGCCGAAUUCGCGUGCUUCGGGUUGUUUUAUACUCCAGUCACCACUCGAGCUGAUCCUCCUCAUAUCGAAGCAUCUCUGUCCAGUCAGCUUAGCCAUACUGUCCCAAACUUGUCGUGCAAUGUACGCCAUCCUGGCUACAAAAUACAAUAUCAAGCACUUUACUCGUGUGGAUUAUCUAGAGUAUCUUGCCAGCCUCUCCCGCGACUCUCCAACGCAAUGGCUGUGCGAGGUAUGCUUAAAGCUUCACCCCGUCUCACAAGAGGAUACGCCAGCAGAGCCAUGGCACAUCCUUUGCCCUCUCGGGAGCGACGUGUGGCGCUCGCGCGCAUACAGGAACUACGGGAACUGCCGGAUCGACAUGCGCCUCGUCAACCUCGAGUACCGCCACAUCCAGCUUGCUCUCAAGUACACGCGCCUGGCGAGCCCGGAAUAUGAGGCUUACCUGCAGAAGCUCAUGGCGCCGUACCAUAACCCAAACUUCCACACUCACAUGCAUUUCAGCAACGAGCAAAGCCUCCUCUCUCACGCCGAAUACUCGACUCAAUCCAAGAUCAUCAUGGGUCCCAAGGGAAAGCUCAUAUUCCUGUUGUCGUCCAUCUGGCGUUAUCACAAGGGCUCCAAGGCCCUGUCUAUCGAGGCCCUGGGAGACUUGAAGAUUUGUCCACAUCUCCAGUUCUACCCCAAUCUCACGCCCCUUCUAGACUACCCCCUAGGCACCCUGGGCAAGUCCGUUGACAUAGCCAUCAAGGCUCAGGAUAUUGGGGCGGAGGUCGUGGGUGCGUGUCCGCGGUGUCCUACUGACUUCUCCACCCGCGCGAACGCGGAGUGUAUCGAGCUGCGCGUGUGGCAAAACAUGGGGCCCGAGGUGUCUCCCCACAACUUGGAGUGGAGGAUUCAUGCGAGGGUGGUCCACGAAUGCUUUAACGGCAUCAACUUUGGGUUCUGGGGACCGAUUGUUUAUCACGAACCCGGCAGUGUUCGACAACUGUGUGAAGAAGGGACUUCAGAAGAGGAAAUCUCACGUCUUAGGCCUAAACUGAGUCUAGAGGAGUUGGAUGAGCGUGAUGGCUUGAUCUAGCCGCUAGCAAACUUGCUAUGUCGUCAGGGUCAACAACAAUAAGGGGGGAAAUGCAUUUCUAGGUACAUACAUAGCUUAAAGAGGUCAUCUGGGUACAGCUCGAGUAUUAAUUAGCUUUACUGUAGCUCACUACCUAGGUUAAUAUACUUACGCCAUCUAUUCCCGCGCCCCUUUGAUAUGUACCCAGUAGUUUAUCGUGAAUGCCUAGAACAACAUCACUA